AGUGUCAAGUGAUGUAUUGUGUAAGUAAAAAAAGUAAGAAUUGUUUUAUUGAGAUUGAGGUUAUUACUGUUGAAUGACUGUGUGUACCUACCUACAGAGUACAGGUAACCUACACUCAGUACACUGUUUUGUAGUACAAAGAUCACGGUAUUACAUGCAUUACAUUCUAUUAAUUCGCUUUUGAAUGACAAUGGAUAGUGCAAAGAUGUGCAGGGUAUGCCACAAGAGUAGUGGUAUUCAUAUUGACUUAUUCGCUGCUCAAGAUGGUAAACAGUACAUUGAAGAAAUGUCUCAAUAUUUAUCAAUAAAGGUUAACCGUAAUGAUGGGCUCAGCAGCUUGAUUUGCCAUCUUUGUAUAUUCCACUUGUCACUAUGUAGUCAAUUGAGUAAAGCAUAUUCCUUAACGUACAACGCAGACAUCAUGGAGCCGGUCGCUUGUGAUGGUUGCUGCAUAUGCAGGGAAGCUGACAACACAAUUCAGGUUGACCAACAAACAACCAACCUCAUAGAGAAGGCUAAAAACUGCUUCAGUUCUAAGGAUAAUUGUCCUCUGCUGAAAGAAACUGGUACGAAGUUCCUAUGUGAAAAAUGCACUUUUAAACUGAGUGAAGUGUCUCAGUUCUAUUCAAGCAUCCACAGAGAUGUGUGUAAAGAUGAAGAAUCCUUGACGAUCGCUACUGCAAACGUUAAGGUCAAACCUCCUCAGGAGGUCAAAUCAGAACUAGUAGGAGGGAAAAAAGAAGAAGAAGAAAAAGAAGAAGAAGAAGAAAAAGAAGAAGAAGAAGAACCUAUCAUUAAGAAAGGCAGCCAAACAACCUACCAGUAUGGACCUUCAACUACAAGGUGGCCAAAAAACUCCAAACCCCACAGCAAAUGUCCGAUUUGUAAAAAUAAGAGGGCUGGUAGGUCUGAUUCUAUUUGCACUCCUUGCAUGGACUAUUCAAAAAAAGUGAGAAUUGUUCUCACAGACCUUAAGAAUUCUGUAAAAUUGUAAGUUUUUCAUAAAAUGCACAGAAAUGAUUCUUAAUAAUUAAGAAGAAGCGCGCUCCUUCUCUUACUCCUAUUCUAGGCUUCUUGAUACUGCUCACUUGAUGUAUAGUUAUUGCAAAUAAUGGACCCAUUUAAAAAAUUCAUAUUCAUCAAAGUACUAAUCUAAAAUAAACAAUAUUCAUACCAAUGGGAAGAAAAAAUUUCAAGUUGUUUUUACAAUAAAUACAUUGGGCUAGGCAGCCAGGACGCACAGCAACCAUGUUACACAGUCAGCCAGGCUGGCGAUUGCUCACAGCCAAAAUGUGGCUGCCUGAAUGGCUGCCCUAGUCUGACAGCAGUACCCAAUGAUGGAGUGAGCGAAUGACUGACUGCGUGAUCCUGCGUCCUGGCAACCCAAUAUAAUAGAGUACCAAGGUAAUUAGUGUGAACAAACUUUGGAAUUUUAUAUUUCAUUUUUUCAUUGGUAUAAAGAUUGUAUAUAUUGGAUAAUUACUUCAGUACAUAUGAAUUUUUCAAAAUGGGUCCAUCAUUUAGAAUAACUCUGUGUUUGUUAUAGUGUUGAAACUGAUUGCAUACUUGAUUAAUUUCAAGUGGAUGUCACCCACGCUCCACAAGGGUCUGUGAAAAACACAAACAGUUGAAAACAAUAGAAACAUAAUAAUAAUAAUAAUUGAAAUAGUUAUUUGUAUAUCUGUAUUAUACAAAUUAUGAAAUAUAAUGUAAUUAUUUGUAAUUGAAAUGUUUUGUAUAUGUGAUGUAGCCUACACAACAUUUUUCCUCCACCUACAUUUUUUUAUAGAAACUGCAAAUCAAAUAAUUUUAAUAAUUCAUGUUAUUGAUGACAAUGUUUUCUUUUACAACAACCUAAAAACCGGUCGUCUGGUUUGCACUGUCGAUUGCGCUAUCAAUCGGCAAAAGUUGUAAGAAUUAUCAGCUGGCCGACUAUCAACAAUGGCUGACUCCAGUUCGCGCGUUUCAGAUUUGAAUCGCAGAUGAAAAAUAUUUGUUGGCUGGUAUUUUGAAUAGAAUAAAAUAUUUAAAAAUAUGUAUACAAUUUCAUUGUCUACUAAUAUUAAGUAUGUAAUGUCAUACAAACAUAUAUUUCAUGAGUUGAUCAAAUUUCUGUUGAAUCAAUGACAGACACCUCUAUAGAUUCCUCAUCUGAGCUUAGACCUUUCAACCUUUUUCAAAUGUAAGUUUUUAAAAUAGAGAUGCUUCCCAUGUUAUUUAAAUGGAGUUACUUUUACGCCCUUGGGAGUUUUCUGUUUUCCCGAGAGCGAAAAAGUGACACUUUAGUAUUAUGUUCCAGGGAGUAAACUUUAGACAGUAGGUGGAGGAAAUAAUUUGAUUACUUAUUUAUUAAAUUGUAGUUCAGAACUUAUGACGCUUCUAACAUUUAUUUCGUACUUGCUAAUUUUAAUUCUUCAUUUCAUGAAUAGUAUAGAAGAUUAUAAGAUCUGAAAUGUUUUGUCCGAUUUCAAAGUUGUGAUCUCAUCUUAAUAAAUUGCUACCUGAUACCUGUUAACGUCUUAACUAGAAGUUCUAGAAUAUUAUUCUUCGUCAAUUUAUGUUCAGAUAGAAAGCUGAUUUCGUUGAUGAAAAAGACUGAUUUGAGAAAUGUGAAAGAAGAAUUUUGAAAAUUAUUAAUUCAAUAAUAAUUCAAUUUUUAUAAGACGUAUAAAGUCUAUAAACAGUCAGUGUUAUGCUAUUCAAUUGUAUAACUUAUUAUUAAUUCAAGUUUAUUAUUUCAAAAAUAAUUUGGUAUUUGAUUAGGCUUUUAUCUUAACGAUCACUUUGAACUACAAAUUAGUUACUAAAUAAAUAAGAAUUAAUUGAUCAAUGAAAAUAGGGCAAUAAAUAGUUUUGUCAUGAUGUAAACUUAGUAAAAUAGAGCUGAUGUUUGUUGAAACGUUUAUGUUUAAGUAAAAUUUGCUAAGUUGGGAUAUGUUGAAUUAUAUUAAACCUGCUCCAGAUGGAAAUCCAAUCAAAUAAUUUGUAUACACUUUUCAAGUUUAUUAAUAUAAAAUGUUUCAAAAGUUCCUCUAGAACUCGCAACUUUGCACUAUACAACUAUUCUAAUUAAAACUUGAAGUGUUUUCCUUUAAAACAAAUCUGUACCUUUUGUUUCAUGAGUUUCAUUUUCAAAGUUUGAAGUAACUUUUGAAACUCCCUGCAUUUUAAAUGUUAUCAAUAAUGAGAGCUUUUGAAUAAUUUAUUUCAACGUAACUUGACAUACCAACGUUGGACUUAUGCAAAGUUAGUAGACUACUAACGUUGGGACUUAUGUACAUAACUUGAUUAUUUUGUUGAAUAAAAUAUAAACUUUUAAUUUUCAUGUUUUGAGAAGAGAAAUUCAAAACUAUGUAUCGUUUUAUAAUUUUAGACAGUCAACAUUAUUAGGAAAACACUGAAAGAUAAAAAUUGUAAAGGAUCAAACAGAAAACGUAUAAACUAAUGAACACAAAAUAAUGAGUUUUUACGUUCUGUGUUAUACUCUUUACAGUUAGGCCUUUCAGUGUUUUCCUACUUGUGUUCCCAGUUCUUACUAAUAUUUGUCAUGAUAAAUUGUAUUAAAAUUUCUUAACUUUACUGUCCUAAAAACUCCAUGGCGAGUUGAUUUUUUGUCUAAAUACGCCAUUGAGUGUUGAAAAAUAAAGAUACGUUUAUUUUACAAA